CCAAAUGAUGGGCUACCUGUGGCUUACCUGGGCAUUUAAAUUGGGUCCGCCCCCUUGUGCUGCAGCAUGGGUGACGUUUGAAUUUUAGAUCGCUCUCUCCCGUAAGGUAAUAUUUGUCCCUAGAGCGUUGUUUUGUUAGGCUUAAUAUUGGCCGACGCUUAUUUUAACAACGUACUUUUUGAAAGUACGCUGCCCUAAUGGACAUGGAAUCAAAUGGGAAGGGUACGUCUCUUCCCAACGACGGAGUGGAUGCAUAUGGGUUCUCAAUACCUCAGGCCUGGGAAUCCUACGAAGAGGCCAUGAAUGAGUAUGGAGUGGUUCUCAACAGAAGAUCCAUGAAAUGGUCCAAACUUCUUCAGGGGAAAGUUCCCAUUGAGAAAAAUCUGACAGUGAAAAGGUAUGUGCGUAAAGGCAUACCCAAUGAGCAUCGGGGUACGAUCUGGAUGGUGUCCAGUGGGGCCCAAGAACAGCUUCAGUCCCACCCAGGUUUCUACCAAUCUCUGCUGGCCAUGGAGCACGACCCCAAGCUGGAAGAGGUCAUCCAUAUAGACAUGCACAGGACAUUCCCUGACAACGUCCUCUUCCAGAGCUCCGCAGAGCCCAGCCAGAGGACGGCGCUAUACAAUGUGCUGCUGGCCUACGGACACCACAACAAGGCGGUUGGUUACUGUCAGGGCAUGAACUUCAUCGCGGGUUACCUCCUCAUCAUCACUAAGGACGAAGAGAAAUCAUUCUGGUUGAUGGACGCAUUGAUAGGCAGAAUAUUGCCAGACUACUACAGCCCAGCCAUGCUGGGGCUGAAGACCGACCAGGAGGUGCUGGGGGAUCUGGUGAAGGCCAAAGCCCCUGCAGUGGGCCAGCUGAUGACCCAGUUCCCCGGCAUAUGGACCCUGGUGGUGUCGCGGUGGUUCAUCUGCCUCUACAUCGACGUGCUUCCUGUAGAGACGGUUCUGCGGAUAUGGGACUGUCUUUUCUACGAGGGUUCCAAAGUGCUUUUCCGCGUGGCCUUGACCCUCAUCAGACACAACCAGCCAGAGAUCCUGAUGGCUCGCUCUCUCAUGGACGUGUGUGAGUGCUUCAAAAGCAUCACCAAGGGACCCUUCACCCAGGACUGCCACCACUUUAUGCAGAAAAUCUUUGCAGAGCCAGGAAGUCUGUCUAUGGCAACCAUUACCAAGAUGAGGGAAUCGUGUCGACAACGCAUCAUCAUGGAGGAGACCAGAUAACCAAGAGGACCUGGAUUCCAUACCAUGCUAGCCCUCUCCAAUCACCUGUAACUAUCACACCGCAGUCACUGUGGCAAAUUAUAUACAAGUCUUCCUAAGAAAUCCCACUGUAGCACUUUCUUAUUGCAAUGUUAUCCAUAUUAGAACUUGAAUCCGUAUUCCUGGUCCUUAAAUUCAAUUUAUUUCCAACAUGUGGAAACCUAUACCCUUUGGUCUGGACCCUGUCAAGUAGCAUGUAUAAGACCGACAAAAUGCAGAUGUCUCUCUAUGCCAAGUAAAAGUAAUUUAAAUAUGGCGUUUGGUGUUAGGCGUCAACACAUUAAUGGUGGGCAUGGUCAACAUGCCCACCCGUUGCUCGUUCGGUGGGAGCCCCAGCAGGGCCAGUCAGUCAAUGUCGGAGUACAGACGGUCUUGAGACGAACAAAUACAGGCAUGCUUGGAAUUGCAUCCCUUUCUAAAAACGUAUUUUUGAAUGACUAUUUUUGGAAGAUCCUUUUCUGUGUGCAUUUGACCAGUCCAACUUUACUUCCUUGUUUCUGGUUAAUCAUGAAUUGAUUUGUUGUCACCUUUUUGAAAUGCUUUCAAACUACUAUUCCAUUCAAAUAGUAGAAAAACUUUUCUAAAGAUCACAUUCACGUAAGUCGGGUCUCAGAUGUGUGUAAUGUGUUCCACACGCAUUACAUUCGCAUCCCUGCCAGGGAUGUUGUAGUGUGCCGCCCUCUCUGUAAACUAGUGCAGGCUGGCAGCACACCUACGCAGGAGGAAAUCCCGACAGUCUACGGUAUCUACGGCUACAAAAACACCAGGAAGAUGCAUAGUAUUUAUGAUACAAAUCACUUUUUCAAAACUCUGUACAAUUGUAAAUGUAAUAAAUUGUGCAUGAGGCAAAACCACAGUACAACAUUUCCUUGUUUUGUCUCUUUAAUUACGCUCUUCAAAAAAAGAAAAAAAAUCAAAACAUUCCAAAUUUAAAACCAUAUUAAAUCGCUACAUGGAUACACUUCUAGAUGAAGAAAUAUUACUUUUUGUACUUUCCCCUUUCACGUCAAACCAUGCAUCAUUGAGGAGAAUAAUGAAAGUACAGUUUGGCCACUUUAUGAUUAAGACAACAAAGGAAAUGUCUCAAAUGGCAGCGAGCACUGCUUCCAGUUGGGUGAGUACCUUGUGAAUUGGCAUUAACCACUAGUUAUAUAUCCUACUCAUGUCAUGGGCGGGAAGGCACUGAAUAAAAACUGAAAUUAUUAUAAUUUUCUUUUUUUAAAGACAAGUUCACCACUGGAUGUCCUUGGUGCAUUUCCCUUUGCCAUAUGCAACAUGGACAAACUAUGUAGGUCUUCCCUGGUACCGAACAUCCGGGCUCCGACCGAGAGAAACAUCCUCCAUAUAACACAUCAGAACCUCUUGGUAACAGUCACUACGUUACCAAGCAAUCCUGAGAUUCCAUCCAAUUCCGCCAUCACAAAAUCGGUCAACUUCCACGACGACAGUACCACGUGCAUGUCAUUGAGGGACGCCACAAUGACAUCCGAUGUUAUGUGCAUAAUUCACCUAAUUGCCAUUUGACCUUUCAACAUGGAAGACUCCAACCGAAUCACUAAUAAUGUAGUUAUAGAAUCCACACACAGUAGAUAAUGGGGUAUGGCUGAGGCUCAGGCCAGAGCAUGGCACAGCAACAAAAACCAACUUAAGUCACAUCAUCAUGGUGUUCUUUAUGGGGGGGGGGGGGCAUUUUUCUUCUCCAGCAGCUCCAUCAAGGAGUUUCUGCGGGAAAGUAAAGCUAAACAUGCGUACGGGUUGUCCAGAGUAAAACUGGACACCUUUCUUUUAAAAAGAGGGUUGAGUUAAGCUGCCAAUCCAUUACAUUCCCUUUACAUUGAAACUACAACAGCUCCCAAAGCAUUCCCCUCAGAAUCCGUUUUUUCCAAGAAUCAAUAAAUAUUACACGAUUCGAAAACCUAAACGCUGCAUUGGAAGGCAAGAGAACGCUGUGGAAGAUUUAACGCUUUAAAUUAAGUGGACCCAACCAACUGUCAUAUUUGUGACACCGAACUAUGUCUCUAUGCAGGGAAGAUUCCUAUUCUCCCUUCCUCAAAGAUCUCUCAAAGUCCUAACUGACGCAUAAGAGCACUUCAGUUAAGAAAGCACAACCUUAAUAAAACCCAAAAUUACCUCAUGACAUUUGCAAAUGUAAAAAGUACCAAAAGAAAAGUAGCCAAAAACUGGGUUGGAAAAAAUAACUCACGUCCAGAAAGUAGAGUGCCAGGUAGAACAAUAAGAGGUAUUUAAAGUAGCGGGUUCUACUGUGUUGCGUGUGUGUGUGUGUGUGUGUGUGUGUGUGUGUGUGUGUGUGUGUGUGU